AUGCUUCCAGAACUGAAGAACACAUGGACACCCGCAAUCAAUAUCCUGACAUGGUUCAUGCUAGUCACAUCCACACUCAGUGUGUUGACUCGGCUGGGGACAAAGUUAUUUAUUUUUCGCAAACUGACCAUCGAUGAUGGCUUUGCAGCGGCUUCGAUGGCUCUUUGCAUUGGGCAGUCCAUCGCCGUCUCACUCGCGACAGCGAAUGGACUUGGGCAACAUAAGUUCACGUUGUCUGAGUCCAGGCUCCAGAACAUGAUGAAGGCCGAAUAUGCUGCGACCAUUCUCUUCAUUGCCAGCAUCUCCUGUUCGAAGCUCUCGCUGAUUAUAUUCAUCCGCAACUUGACCCCUGCGUCCUUGGAUCGUCGCGUCGCACUUGCUCUCGGGGCUUUUAUCGGGAUAUGGGCUGUCGUCAGCAUCUUUACGGCCUCGUUCCAGUGUCAUCUACCACAAACAUGGAACUAUAUGGGGAGCACCUGUUUUGACCGAACUGCGUGGUGGAAUUACCUUGGUGUCGCGAACAUCCUAUCCGAAGGUGGAAUCAUAGCUCAGGCCUUACUGGUCAUCAUUCGCAUUCAGACGAACGUGAGCCGAAAGGCCAGUCUGUCCAGCGUGUUCUUGAUCAGAAUAGUGGUCAUCAUCGCCAUCAUUUGUCAACUGGCAAACGGAAGCCAAACCCUCUCCUCGUCCGAUCCCACAUUCGAUACCUGGAAAACGGCCAUAUCGACCCAAAUGGCCCAGGCCCUGAGUAUCGUGACCGCAUGCUCCCCCCAGUUCAAGCCCGUUUUGGACAAUCUCCGCUCAUCCGGAAUGAGUCUGGAACUGUCCAGCUCCAACGGAUACGGCAGCAAACACAAGACCUACGGGGCGAGCACGUUCAAAGCCUCUCGACGGACCCACGACCGAAGUGAAACGCACGAGCUGGUAACCAUGCCCAGUGAAGGAAUCAACCAGACGAUGGUCACAUCGGCUCGGGAAGACGACUCCGAGAGCCAAUCUAGUCGGUCGAACAUAAUUGUGGAAACUCGGACAUGGACCGUGACCGAGGUAUUGCGAGAUUGA